AUGCUGGAAUGUGCCGUCCUGUCACAAUUGACAGACGUGUUUUGGCACCACACUUCCGUAAAAUGUCACUCGAACAGUAGCACACUUCUGCUUGACUCUGCUCACUCAACAGUCCUGAGGUUUGAGCUCGAGGCGUCCGCAAAUGAGCCCCGUCGUUCCGUCGAUUGCAACACAAUCGGCAGGCGCAGAAUGACCCUUUUCUGGCGCCAGAUCUGA